AUGAUGAUGAUGAUGAUGAUGAUGAUGAUGAUGAUGAUGAUGAUGAUGAUGAUGAUGAUGAUGAUGAUGAUGAUGAUGAUGAUGAUGAUGAUGAUGAUGAUGAUGAUGAUGAUGAUGAUGAUGAUGAUGAUGAUGAUGAUGAUGAUGAUGAUGAUGAUGAUGAUGAUGAUGAUGAUGAUGAUGAUGAUGAUGAUGAUGAUGAUGAUGAUGAUGAUGAUGAUGAUGAUGAUGAUGAUGAUGAUGAUGAUGAUGAUGAUGAUGAUGAUGAUGAUGAUGAUGAUGAUGAUGAUGAUGAUGAUGAUGAUGAUGAUGAUGAUGAUGAUGAUGAUGAUGAUGAUGAUGAUGAUGAUGAUGAUGAUGAUGAUGAUGAUGAUGAUGAUGAUGAUGAUGAUGAUGAUGAUGAUGAUGAUGAUGAUGAUGAUGAUGAUGAUGAUGAUGAUGAUGAUGAUGAUGAUGAUGAUGAUGAUGAUGAUGAUGAUGAUGAUGAUGAUGAUGAUGAUGAUGAUGAUGAUGAUGAUGAUGAUGAUGAUGAUGAUGAUGAUGAUGAUGAUGAUGAUGAUGAUGAUGAUGAUGAUGAUGAUGAUGAUGAUGAUGAUGAUGAUGAUGAUGAUGAUGAUGAUGAUGAUGAUGAUGAUGAUGAUGAUGAUGAUGAUGAUGAUGAUGAUGAUGAUGAUGAUGAUGAUGAUGAUGAUGAUGAUGAUGAUGAUGAUGAUGAUGAUGAUGAUGAUGAUGAUGAUGAUGAUGAUGAUGAUGAUGAUGAUGAUGAUGAUGAUGAUGAUGAUGAUGAUGAUGAUGAUGAUGAUGAUGAUGAUGAUGAUGAUGAUGAUGAUGAUGAUGAUGAUGAUGAUGAUGAUGAUGAUGAUGAUGAUGAUGAUGAUGAUGAUGAUGAUGAUGAUGAUGAUGAUGAUGAUGAUGAUGAUGAUGAUGAUGAUGAUGAUGAUGAUGAUGAUGAUGAUGAUGAUGAUGAUGAUGAUGAUGAUGAUGAUGAUGAUGAUGAUGAUGAUGAUGAUGAUGAUGAUGAUGAUGAUGAUGAUGAUGAUGAUGAUGAUGAUGAUGAUGAUGAUGAUGAUGAUGAUGAUGAUGAUGAUGAUGAUGAUGAUGAUGAUGAUGAUGAUGAUGAUGAUGAUGAUGAUGAUGAUGAUGAUGAUGAUGAUGAUGAUGAUGAUGAUGAUGAUGAUGAUGAUGAUGAUGAUGAUGAUGAUGAUGAUGAUGAUGAUGAUGAUGAUGAUGAUGAUGAUGAUGAUGAUGAUGAUGAUGAUGAUGAUGAUGAUGAUGAUGAUGAUGAUGAUGAUGAUGAUGAUGAUGAUGAUGAUGAUGAUGAUGAUGAUGAUGAUGAUGAUGAUGAUGAUGAUGAUGAUGAUGAUGAUGAUGAUGAUGAUGAUGAUGAUGAUGAUGAUGAUGAUGAUGAUGAUGAUGAUGAUGAUGAUGAUGAUGAUGAUGAUGAUGAUGAUGAUGAUGAUGAUGAUGAUGAUGAUGAUGAUGAUGAUGAUGAUGAUGAUGAUGAUGAUGAUGAUGAUGAUGAUGAUGAUGAUGAUGAUGAUGAUGAUGAUGAUGAUGAUGAUGAUGAUGAUGAUGAUGAUGAUGAUGAUGAUGAUGAUGAUGAUGAUGAUGAUGAUGAUGAUGAUGAUGAUGAUGUCGAUGAUGAUGAUUAGUUGCGUAACUAUCGAAAGGAAAUAG